GGCAGAACGCAGACUGUAUUUUGUCGCCCUUCUCUUUCAUGGCAUUCGGACUUGUCGGCAGUCAGUUGUUCUCCAUGACUUGCAUGAUGUACUUUCAGCAAUGGCUUGAGAGUAAAAUGGAUGUGAAAUGCUAGCCGUAGCUAUGAGUAUGACUUGGAUAAGCUGACAAGAAGCCAAUUUAGUCAGGGCCACCCUCAGUGGGCCCGUUGAACUCGGGCAUCGCGUGGCUGCGAUAAUGAUUCAACUGCCACAACUUUGAUCAAACCUAUUAUAUGGCGUAGUAAAUUGCUGCUGUGGCGAUGGGCAGCCGUGAAGCGAUCCGCUCCGUCCAGUACACAUCGCGUGUACUGCGUGCAUGCUCCGGCGUCCGAGCUCUUCUUGGCAUCUGCGCUGCGGCGAUGGCUAGUUGCUUGUUCUAUCUGAACGCAGUGGAUGUGCCGUUGAAAUGGGCUACCUGGCGUGCGGCAGAUACCACAGCACAGGAAAACAGUCCACUUGGGACACUGCUGAGCAAGUCCAAGCAAUCAGCAUCCCCACAGCCCCCUCACAUUCUUUUCGUCGUGGCAGAUGACUUGGGCUGGAAUGAUGUCGGAUUCAAUGGCAAUCCGCACGUGAAAACGCCGCACCUAGACGGACUCGCACAGGCAGGCGUCAUCCUGAACUAUUCCUACGUGCAGCCCAUCUGUUCACCGACCAGAAGUUGCUUGAUGAGUGGACGUUAUCCGUAUCGCACGGGCAUGCAGCACUCUCAUGUGGUUCCCGAAAGGGGAUUUGGACUGGACUGCAACGUUUCCACCAUUGCACAGCGCCUCAACAGAUUGGGAUACUCAACCCACCUGGUUGGCAAGUGGCAUCUUGGGUUUUGCAACAAGAAGUACUUGCCGACUCAACGCGGUUUUGACACGUUCUUCGGCCACUACCUGGGAGCGGGAGACUACUACACACACAAGUCUGUGGGAUUCCCGCCGUCGGCUUUGAAAACGCCGCUGGGCGAAAGAGGACAGAAAGUUGAAGCACUGGACCUACACCGGGACACUAGCAACUCUUCUAGCACAGUCACGUCUGAUACAGGCACCUAUGCCAGUUACUUGUACAGGCGGGAAGCAAUCCGGAUUGUGAAAAGCCACAACGCAUCUUCGGGACCUCUCUAUCUGUACCUGGCACUACAAGCGCCACACUCUCCACUGCAGGCGCCGGCUUCCUAUCAGAGAAUGUAUGAUGGAACGGUCAAUGCACGUCGCCGUGUCUAUUCUGCUAUGGUGAGUGCCAUGGAUGAUACUGUCGGCGAAGUUGUACAAGCAUUCAAGAAGCGCGGCUUGUGGAAGAAUACGCUGAUGGUUUUCACAACAGAUAAUGGAGGUCGUGUGGAUCUCGGCGGCAACAACUGGCCGCUAAGAGGUUGCAAGUCAACCGUCUGGGAAGGUGGAACGCGCGGAGUUGCCUUCGUCCACGGGCAAAUGCUGAACAAGAGGGGUUACACGUACAACGGUCUUAUGCAUGCUGUUGAUUGGUACCCGACUCUGCUUUCGGCCGCCGGACAGCCGGAAACUGAUAAAGCCAUAGAUGGGGUGGACAUGUGGCAAGCGUUGCGCAACAACUUGAGCUCGCGGCGCACCGAGUUUGUGUACAACAUUGACAAAACGGACGGCGUUUUUGCGAUACGACUUGGCAAGUGGAAAUAUAUCCGAGGUGGAUCGGGAGGUCUGUAUGAUUAUUGGUAUAAGGCAGGCGAAGAUGACAAGAAAUACCCGCUCUAUCUACGAGAGGUCUCGUCUCGACAUCAACACGAGUCUGGCCCCUGGUUGUUUGAUAUUGAAGCUGACCCCCUGGAGAAGAACAACCUUUAUGAAGAACUGCCAAACCAAGUGAAGACGAUGGAGGCCAGGUUAGCCGAGCAUAUGGAGGGGUACGUCGGCGACUUGUUCAGCCAGCAUCCUCCAGAUCCGCGCAGCAACCCGGCGCGGCAUGGUGGCGUUUGGUCUCCGGGCUGGUGCUGAGAAAACCUACGAAACUGGUUUGUCUGCAAAUCCAUCAACGUGGAUGCAGCCCACGAGGGUUGGCCCGCUGUUGGGCACUGGUUACGAGACUUCCCACCUCUCCCUCGCCGCUAGGCGCUGCGUAUGCCACCCUGAUACAAUCAGGCAUGGUGGUGGCCGGCCACAAGUGAAGCCUCCUAAGCUGGUUGUACACAGCUGCAUAGCCGGUGGAAACGCAACUGUGCCAACUUUCCUCAAGUUGCAGCCAUCAAUCUGAGGGUUGGCCUGGGCGCUGGUUACGAGAGUUCCCAUCUCACCCUCGCCGCUACGCACUGCAUAUGCCACCCUGAUAUAAUCAGGCAUGGUGGUGGCCUGCCACAAGCGAAGCCUCCUAUUAAAGCUGGUUGUACACAAUUGUAUAGCCGGUGGAAACGCAGGUGUUCGAACUUUACUGAAGCUGCAGCCAUCAAUCUGUGCACUGGUCUGUACACCAAUCCACAUGCUGUGGGUUAGUUCCGGGUUGUUGCUUACGUCAUGUACGAUACUCUCGUACAAGCAGCUCUCCAGCUUUUAGCUUUGCUGAUCAGCCUACACAGCACACCGGAUCUGCGUCUUGGCUUUUGGUCCUGCUGGCAUUGAUGCGUACGGUGCAGCGCAUUGCUUUGUAUCUUCACCACCCUAGCUCAUCUGACUUGGAUACCUGCUUCAGUGAUACAGAAUGUAACCUGUUUUAUGCGCCGACAUCUCCUGCUGCACAGUGUGUAGGUCAACUGCGCUGGCAGUAUCCGACACAUUACCUGAUUCUUCCACACGCUUAGUGCCAUGCAGCUGGUCAAUGUACACCACGGGGCCUUCCAGUAGAUAGCUGUAAGCCGGUGCUGUGGUGGAUAAUGUGAUGGAUGAUGUAAUGGAUCUAAUGACCGUAGGCAUCAUGACAUCAUCGUAUACGCUUCCUAUUGAGUGGUGAACUACUCCUAGAGCGCGUGAUGAUACGCAAUGCAAAACGCCUCAAAUAAUGACAUCGCGCAGAACUUCUCAUCAACCGUUCUGGCUUCUAUGUUAUGUCAUGUAAAACUCAAGAGGUACACAAAUGGAAACAAACUAGGGCUGUUUCGUGGUCACACAGACAGAGAGAUGAUUGGUUUUUACCAUGAAACUCUGAGCAACAACGAAACAGCCCUGUUUUUCGUCCAUUUGUAUACCUAUUGCGUACUACGCUCUGCACAUUACGGGCAUUUGAGCACUGUUGCAGGUUAAGGCCCGCUGCCUCUAUGGCAUGUAAUACUCCCGUGGUAUUUGAUAGGUCACCUUCAAGUUCAUACGUGUCUAAUACUCCCCUAGUUUAACUAACUUGUGAUCAACUCGGACAAGUUCACUACUCUCACCUAUAUUUAUUUGUUACAUUGUAAUAUUUAUACCACCUGUUACCUGUCCUACCAAUACUUGUCAACUCUCUUUUAUUUUAUUUAUGGUUAUGAGCUUGAUCAAGGAGUACAAUCAUGCAGUGUGUACUAUUUAUGUUAAAUGGACUUGUCACAUUUCAGAG